CCCCUCGUUAAGAUUGCGUAUAUAUUCUUGUGACAUCUAACGGAGGGACUAUGAACUAAAAAUUAUCGUGUUUUCACUGUGAUCAAACUUUAAGGAUAUGUAAUAUGCCUUUAUACGGAUUGACAUUGGGUAUAUCAUGGAAAUUGAACACACUACUGCAUCAAACAAGCAACUUGUCUUCGCGAAGAUUGAGAAGAUAAUACGUGGUAUGCAGCAUGCUGAUCAUGGUAUCCCAACUCGUCCACAAAAGGUCUUUCUUACCUCAGUUCCAUGUGCCUUCACGGGUAUCGAUUUAAUAGAAUGGAUCACUAAAUUAUUAGAUGUUCACAGUACGACGGAAGCGACCCAUCUUGCCACUCUACUAUCUCAAUAUGGUUAUAUUUAUCCCGUUGAACCUACAAAGACAGUGUCAAUCAAAGAAGACAAUACACUCUAUCGAUUCCAAAGUCCCUACUUCUGGACAUCACAGGAUCGAUCACACGACAAUACUGAUUAUGCUCUUUACCUAGCUAAACGAACAAUGAGGAACAAGCAAAACUUUGGAUUAGAGGAAUAUGAAAAUACGGCGUAUAGUAAUCUACAGAGGAUGCUCGGACAUAAAUGGGAAUUUAUUCUACUACAGGCCCAAGAACAGCUAAGAUUGGCCAAGCACAGAAAGAAAGCAGAUAGGAUCGUGCUGGACUCACAAGAACGAGCCUUCUGGCGUGUACACUAUCCACCGCCUGGACAAACCAAUUGUUUGGAAACAGACAUCAGGAGAAAAUGUAAGAGCUCUCAACCCAUUAGAACAAGGAAACCGUCCCCUGAAGAAUUCAAGAAACAAGUGGCCUUUCUUCAAAGUAGACUCUCCAAGAUGACUAUCAAAACAUCCAAAGCAAUAGACUGUUUAAUACGACAUUGUGAGAGGUUUGCAGAGCAUGAUCCGUUCAUCUCAGGUGCCCAGCCAAGUAACCCAUGGAUCAGUGAUGACACAACCAUGUGGACACUUAACACAAUGCUUGUGGACACACCGACAGAGAGAAGGGUAAGAAGAUGGGCCAUAAGCUUCAGGGAGCUGGUAUCGGAUGCAACGGGCAAGCACGAGUUUGAGAAGUUCCUGCAGAAGGAAUACAGCCAGGAGAACAUCCGCUUCUGGUCGGCUUGUGAGACCCUCAAGUACGCCCCGCAAUCGAUGGUUCCUGAGAUGGUCCACGAGAUAUACAGAACUUUCCUAGCACCAGGAGCACCUUGUGAAAUCAAUGUUGAUGGAAGGACCAUGGAACUGACUCAGCAGUCACUACGGAAACCAAACAGGUUCGCAUUUGAAGCAGCCCAGCAGCACAUAUUCCUCCUGAUGAAGAAAGAUUCCUACCAGAGAUUCCUUAAGUCGGAUACCUACAAGGGCCUACUGGCAAGAGCUAUGCAGAAUGGAACAAAACGAAAAUUCUUCACCUUCGGAGGACGUUUCUUAAGAUCAGCAAAGGUCACGCCGGAUGUUAGUCCGCUGGGUUAUCAACGGAGAGGGAGUCUUGGUACAGAGAACUCGGACACGCUGAGCGACAGGCCCAUGACUCAUUCACUCAGUGCUAGUAAUCUGCAAGACUUUGAACUUGCCAACAUGUUCAAUGGAACAGAAAAUGGGCACAAAACAGAAGAGGUUUACACAACAAACAUCAAAUCAUCAAGGUUCGCGUCACUUCAACCAAUGAACUCGACCAAGUUAAAGCGGCACGGAUCACUGGGCGGGGUAGAGCAUGCUGGGAAGGUUCUCAAUGGUAAUAAGACCAAGAGGAUGUCCGAAACGCAACUCGACCUGACGUUCCUCAGCUACGGGGCGAAAACGACGACCAAAAAGAAUCUCAUUACCCCAUGGGAGGAAGACACAAGCUGACCUGAACUAUAAACUUUGACCUUCAACCAAACAGUGUGUGUUAUACUGUUACUAUUGUUGUAACCAU